UUUUGAGAAGAUCGAGGGCCUGAUGAUACUAUAGCCAACGAUGCCGCCGACGUUUGUGUUUUCGAUAUAGUUGCGUCCGACAGCGCCGCGCUUGUAAUAGUACGAAAAGAGAUCUAGCCGUGACCCUAAGCGCGACAGGAAGAAGGGAAAACCCAAGCGAAAAUAUUGCAAUCUACAUGUCCAUCAAUCUAUGACGUUGGUAUACAGGGGAGAUAUAGCUUUUCAUGACAACCUGAGCUAGAACGUGCACAACACGACUACUAAGAGCUUCAGCUUGGUCCUCCUUCUGACUCCCACCACGUCGCCAUCAUUGCAUGCCUCUUCGCCGCCACACUCUAUUACGACCUCGCUGUAGAUGACUUCAGUCUCCAAGAGCGGCAGUACCAGUCCCCGGUGGGAUAGCCGCAAUCAAGGCUUCAUCUCGCCGGCACAGCUUCAGCAAUGGAAGAAGGAGCAGCAACGCCGCGGCAGCCAUGAAAUCCUCGCAUCUUCUCCACCUGAAGAACAGCAUCCUCAACAGGAAGCACGUCCGAAUGGAGGCAGGAAGAGCAGCUCGGGCCCACCGAGCGGACAAGCUAGCGGGCAUUCUCGUGGGUUGUCCGCAUUCUCUUUGUUCAAGUCGAGAACAUCCAGCGACCAAAUGCCGCCCUCCUCGAGUUCUACUGCUGCAGAACAACCACAUAUUUCAGCAGAAUCUCAGCAGAAGCGCAAUGGUUUUGCUACUCAAAGUCAAGGCUCGCUUGGUCCCAGGCGGCCAGAGAUAGGCCCUCCUCCAAUGGACAAUGCUCCCGCCUCCCCUUCCGCAGCGAAUCCUAAUCCUACUCUCAGUCGCUUCUCGUCAUCGUCUUCCGCCGCACCCGCGCCCCCUCUGCAUCCCGAGAUCCGCUCGAUUGUGCAGUUGACUCUCGCCCACGCCCACAAGAUAUACUUCUCUGGCCCGCUUGUGAAACACAUCCAAAGACAGCCGGAUGGCCAGCGGCCAGCUAGGGAUGAAGGCUGGCGACACGUAUGGGGACAGCUUGGAGGAACAACGUUGAGCGUGUGGGACAUGCAGGCGAUCGAUGAGGCGAGCAAGCACGGUAAACAGGUUCCCCCUACUUACAUCAACAUCACAGAUGCUUUCGUUAAUGCUCUUGGCUCCGUAACCCUUCCUGCGACCGGAGACAACUUAGAGCCACAGAAGUACACCAAUGUACUGACGCUCAACACUGCAGGAUCAAAUAUGAUUCUCUUUUCUUGCCCUACGCAAGCAGCUCAAGCAUCUUGGGUCGCUGCCUUGCGAUUGUCCGCAUGGGAGAAGUCGAGAUUGGAGGAGAUAUACACCGCUCACCUCAUCAGAAUCACUCUUCAUGACGGCAGAGACGCGCCAUCAACACUGCAUCACGGCAAAAUGGAAGGAUGGGUGAGAAUACGCAUCGCCGGACAGGUCGACUGGAAGCGGAUGUGGAUGAUAGUGACUGCAGGUGGGCACCAUGAUGAUUCGGACUUCGCUAUCAGUCAGAACCAGCGGUCAGCAUCACCGAGCACUACGCGCAGAAAGAGAAUGUCCAACCUAUUCUCACGCGAGCGCAGCCCUCAGCGAUCUGCAGCGCCUAACAAACCGAUGCUGCAGAUGUUCCUGUCGCCGAAGCACAAGGACAAAAAGAAGCCUAUUCUCACCAUGCGUGAGGUCACGCAGGCGUUUGCCGUCUAUCCAGAACGCCCAGAGCUUAUCAGCCGCAGCACGCUGAUGAAGCUCGAGGGCUUGCUCGGAGACGAAGAAGUGGCCGGGUCUAUGAAGUUGAGGGAGUGCUGGAUCAUGAUCCUGCCCGACCUUGAGGGCGCGAACAUUCAAACAUCCGAGAUGCUGAAGUGGCUCAUCGCGAUACAUGACGCAUUUGAGCUGUACGGACGUCCUCAGAUGUACAGCUGGGAUCCUCGAGAUCCUCGAAGCAUGAUGUUCGCUUACCCUAUAGGACCGCAGAGAGACAUGUUGUUCCUGGACCGUGAACUCGCGGAGACGCUGGACGUUCGCGAUGAUCGGACUUCGUUCAUUCGCUCCCGAUUGCGGAAUAUUAUAGAAGAUCGAAUGCAAGGGGUCUCUACAAGCACGAUUUCACCGACCCAGGAUCGCCCGCCGGUUCUGCCGCCUUUACCUCAUGUAGUCUCGGACGACUUGAAUCAUGACGAGGGUGAACCUCCGGGAAAGAAGGAACGGGAAGAUAUCAAGCCGCAAGCAAAGCUUUCCUUGCAACUUCCGCCGCUAGUUUUCCAUUCAUUGCAUUCUGAGUCAAAACCUCCUGUAUUGCCGGAUAAACGAUUACUGACGCCUAUCACGGAGCGUAGUGUACCUCUCGAUAUCCACCGGUCAUUGUCUAACGAGACUCCUCUGACGCGACCGCCGACCCAGCAAGGGUCUUCGCCGAAACCUCUCGAGGCUGUGGAGGAAGCUAAAUCAGUCCUAGGGCAGGACCUAAUGGCCAGUCCAGUGUCUGCAACUCUUCCGCCCGAGAGUGAUAUACGCAAUCUCAAAAGCGAGGAACCAGUCCGAGAAGGAAAUACCAAGCCUCUACCAGAGUCGCGACUUGAUCGUCCGGAGCUGUUUAAACCUGCGUCGAAGUCGUCUGCGAACUAUACGACAGUACCGCAGACGCCUGCUGUGGCACCUCCCGUGUCCUCAAAGACUGAUUCGUACUCAAUUGCGAGUCGGCGCACGACCUCUCCUCAAACGGUCUCGUCUCCCACGCAUGUACCGAAACCGUCGGCGUCUGUCAGCAUCACUUCUUCGCGUCCGACUUCACCCACCGCUCCAUCAACUACGCAGACCACUCCCUCCUCCGCAGCUCCUUCCUUUCAAUCGAAGGCGCUUCCCAAAUCGCCAAGGCCAGCGAGUCAGGGCAGUAUUAGUGCUAUGCCCACCCCGGCUUUUAAGCCGACUCCUCCACCCGCUCCUGCGCCACCCCUUUCCGACUCCGAGGACUAUUCUGAAGCAGCUGGGGCGCUGUACUAUAUGCAACACCAUAUGAAGCAGGAGUUACGAUCGGACCCAUCUCUACACCAACGCCUUCCCCCUCUGCCUAGCAAGACAGAGGAAGAUGAUGACGAAGAAUCUGCUGACGAUGACCACCCCUAUACGCCGCCUCCACGUUUGAUGGCCAACCCUCCGCCUAGGUACGCGAGUCCGCCGCGGCCUGCGACUUCCGACGCGCUGAGACCGCCACCUGCGCGACGCGACACGGAUAUCUCAGUCGCGUCGUCGCGGUCGAAUUAUUCUGCCACAACCGAGUCGCACUCGGCAUUCCCCGCGGCUGCAUCUAGAUCGAUGACGGGACGCAAGCCGUCUGGCGCACGUGCACCGACCAGCAGCAGCAAGGCGGCUGUCCCUCACGCAUUCGCUCCCACCCGCACCUUCCAGGAACGCAACGACGAGGACGCCAUGCUCGAGGAGGUCGGCGACGGACACCCGCAGGAUAAGGCGCACACCUCGCCACACAUGGAUGAUCCCGAUGCCGACGCCUUGGCAGCGUUGACGUUUCUGGAACAGGAUGAACACGCAGACACGGCAACCACGAAGCAGAGGUCGCCCUCACCCCCCUCGUCAUCAUCUGAACCAUCAGCAGUCCCUCAUGUCAACGAGCCUGCUGCCAGCCCAUCACAUUCCACGUCAUCUCGACGCGCGUUCAGGUCAUCGUUCGCACCGACAAAGCAGGCCGAAGAGCGGAAGGCCAAGGUGCAAGCGCACCAGGCUGCAGUCAGCCGUCCAGGGAGGGCGAAUGGCAGGAGCAAAGUCGCGAACCGCGGAGCUUGGGCAGAGAGCAGCGAGGAGGAAGAGGAGGAGGAGGAGGAGGAGGAAGAUGACGAUGCUGAUUCGGACGAUGAACCGCCGCAGAGAGCGGUAGGCAGCUCCGGUCAGCAGUCAGCGCGCGGGUCCGCCGCGCCGAGCAACUCUGGUAGCACGACGAAUUUGCAGAACAGAGGAGUUUCUCCUGCACGAUCGAUGGGAGACGCCAAUGCAGGACCUUAUCCUCCAAACCGACGGGCUCCGCGAGAGCUGCCGCAGUUGCCCGGACAAGGUCAUCAAGAGGAGUUCCUCAGUCCUCAGCCACGUCGCUUUAUACCGAGUGAAUUCGGACGUCAACUGCCUGUUCCAGAAGGUCCGCGCCAGAUCCCAUCUCCCGGAGCGCAUGCUAGGCCUCAGUCAGAGUAUCCUGGUUCCUCCAAUCCAUCGACUGCUAAUUCAGGUUAUCGUCAAACAAUCUGGACGCAGAACUUCGACAGUCGUACCAAUGGCGCUCCAAAUGGUCCCAGCAGAGAUACAUUCAUUCAGCUCGAUCCUCCCUCUCAGACUAUGACGAAGGCUUUCACUCCCCACGGCCUCCUCUCCGCUGGCCUGCAGGAUAAGCAAGACCGGUCCGCUAAGAAGCAAGAGGAACUCGCGAGAGAGACCGGCGCGUCCCUCAUCAAUGUGCCUAACAAGCCUCCCCCUCCUCAGACUGGACUGCUCGGCGCUGUCACUGCGCAUGAGCGAGAGCGUAAACGGGAAGGUGGUAUCGGUGCUAUCUUGACCGAACGCGAACGGGACAAGCGCGUAGCUGAGGACAGGCAACGCAAGAUGGACGAAUUGCAGCGGCAGCAGCUCGAGCAGAUGCAGCAAGGUGGCGCUAUGUACGGCGGGAUGGGUAUGCCUGGGUUCAGCCCCAUGAUGGCAAACCCGAUGAUGAUGGGCAUGAACCCCAUGAUGACCGGCGCGUGGUACCCUGGCAUGAUGCCCGGCUUCGCGAAUCCUCAGACGAUGAUGGCAGCGCAGCAGGCAGCGAUGCAGGCGUACCAACAGGCCAUGAUGGCAUUCUCAGCGGCGGGUUCUCACAUGGGCGGGGAAGGCGGACCAGCACCCCUCAAUCCUAUGAUGACCGGAGCAAGUAUGAACAUGGCUGCAAUGGACCCUAGAAUGUCGAUGAUGGGCAUGCCGAUGAUGAGCCCGUCGAUGAGCAUGAACCCAGCAAUGGGGAUGAAUCCUGGCAUGGGAAUGAACCCGUCCAUGGGGAUGAACCCUUCCAUGAGCAUGAACCCCUCCAUGGGCAUGAGUCCGGGCAUGGGCAUGAACCCAGGGAUGGCUCCGGGCAUGUCGCCUGGCAUGGGUAUGGGCAUGGGCUCUAUGGGUAUGGGCAUGAAUCCAAUGAGUAUGCAGAUGACGGGAGGAGGAGGAUUCGAUACACGGUCGCCACCUGCCGCCUAUGACAAUGCGCUACAAACUCCCAUUGAAGCCGAUGCUGGCCCUCGUCCAUUCUCAUUGCGGAACGACUCGACGAACAGAGUGGGGACCCCUGCGAUCAGCGAAGAGCCGUCAAGAGGCCGAGCCGAAGGCCAAGCGGGUAGUCGUCAAUGAUUAGGCUAGACCUGCCAACCGUCUCUGUUCUAUCAUCGUUACACUCAUGGACAGACUCCUCCUUCUAUUGGACGAUCACACUAUUCGGGCUAUCAUACCGUUUUGUUUGAUAUUAUCCCUACGUUAGUUUUGGUGGUUUAUGCAUCGUCUUAGUCUCUUUUGUCGCAUCUACUCGUAUGUACUGGCUUGUUGCUACACAUAUCCACAUUUGCAUUGGAUACCAACGAUUACAUACCAACUGCGGACACAGCGGUGUUAAGCUUUAAAUUUCAAGUCUCCAAGCAACUUCCAGC